ACUACCCAAAAUUUACUCUAACACUCACUCACUUGCAGCACAAUCACAUGGGAAAUCAGUAAAAGUUAAUAUUUUUUGACGUUUUUGUGUACCCAUUACAAGUUUUGAUUAGUUUGUUUGAUUGCCGGUCGAUUUUUUGCUCUAAUUUGCACCAACUGUUUGAAUGUGGGAUUCCGCAUAAGCUCAUGGGAAUUAUUAUGUUUGUAAUUGAUGAAAUUGAGGUUACGCCAUAAAAUCAAUUGGCUAUAUGGGGAGUAGCCAAGUCCAUAUAAGCGCAUAGCAAAUCUUGUCCCUCACCGAUGUGGGACAACUCUCAACACGCCCUGCACGUGGGGCGGAUUUUCAAGCUACACAUGGACAACAACUGGAUGACGUGGAGCGCGUGUGACCAUUUAGCUUCACACGAGGACAAUCCGCUAUGAUACCAUGAUGAAAUUGAGGUUCCACCAUAAAACCAAUUGGUCAUAUGAGGAGUAGCCCAAGACCAUAUAAACACAUAGCAAACAUUGUCUCUAACCGAUGUGGGACAUCACUCAGUCAUUUUUAUGUCGACUUAUUGCUCUAGUUUGCACGAACACUGUACGGCUAUUGGGAGGAGUAUCAAUAUUGUUAAUUUGGAUCCUGCUGCGGAAAAUUUUGAUUACCCUGUGGCCAUGGAUAUUAGGGAGCUUGUUUCCUUGGAGGAUGUUAUGGAGGAACUUGGUUUGGGUCCCAAUGGUGGACUUUUAUACUGCAUGGAACACCUGGAAGAAAAUCUGGAUGAAUGGCUCACAGAGGAAUUGGACAAUUACACGGAUGAUGACUACUUAGUUUUUGACUGCCCAGGCCAGAUAGAACUUUUCUCGCAUGUGCCUGUGCUUCGGAACUUUGUGGAGCAUCUGCAGCGUAAAAAUUUCAAAGUCUGUGUUGUCUACUUGCUUGAUUCUCAGUUCAUUACGGAUGUGACUAAGUUUAUUAGUGGGUGCAUGGCAUCUCUUUCUGCCAUGAUUCAACUUGAAUUACCACAUGUUAAUAUCCUCUCCAAAAUGGACCUUGCACCGAGAAAAAAGGAUAUUGAAGACUUCUUGUAUCCGGAGCCUCAAGUUUUAUUAUCAGAGUUGAAUCAACGCAUGGCUCCUCAGUUUGCAAAGCUAAAUAAAUCUUUGAUUGAACUGGUCGAUGAUUAUAGCAUGGUGAGUUUUCUGCCACUAGACUUGAGGAAGUCAAGCAGCAUGAGCUACGUCCUGUGGCUCAGAUCGAUACCUGCAUUCAGUUCGGAGAAGAUGCCGAUGUGAAGGUUAAGGAAUUUGAUCAGGAAGAAGAUGACUGAGCUUAUUAAACUUUUGGUGUAUUUAACACAAUACGUUGAAAUGAAGGAAAGCUUAUUUAUUGAUAUCCCC